AAUUUUUUGGAUACAAACGUUCAUCAACCAAAUGAGUACAUCCAAAAAGAAUCCAUUGCACAUUCCUUCGCCAUUCCAGGCGGAGGAGCCAGGUAUGACCCCGGAGCAAAAGGAGCAAGAAUAUGUUCAUAAUGUAUACCAGGUUAUUGCGCCUCACUUCUCGGCUACUCGCUACAAGCCAUGGCCUGUUGUCGAAGAGUUUCUUAUGAACAUGCCUGCAGGAUCUGUUGGGGCAGAUGUAGGAUGUGGCAAUGGCAAGUACAUUGGUGUCAAUCCAAGCCUAUUUAUGAUCGGCUCCGAUAGGAGUUCAAAUUUGAUUAGUAUUUGCAGUGAACGUGGUCAUGAGGCCAUGGUCUGCGAUGGUCUCGCACUCCCUUACCGACCACAGUUUUUUGAUUUUGCUAUUUCCAUUGCUGUAAUUCACCACUUUAUCACUCCGGAACGCCGCAUUAAUGCCAUCGAAGAAAUUUUGAGGGUCGUCAGAGUUGGAGCGAAGGUCUUAAUAUUCGUUUGGGCAUUGGAACAAUCGGGUAAACGAGACUUUGACAAGAAUGUACAAGAUGUCUUCGUACCCUGGGCAAUGCCCAAAAAGGCAGAACCCAAACAGUCAAGAGAUCGGACUCAGUCCAGAGCACAGGGCGUCAGAAGGAAUGAAAGAUCGAAUGUUCAUCAACAACCUUCCACGUCAUUAUCAUCACAAUCAUCGUCAGCUGCAGUAACAACAGCGAUGACAAGUCUCAACGAGGCCUCAUCGAUUGACGAACCACUGGAUCAGCUAAAGAUGAAGAGCGACCAGGCCGACAAAGAUCAGGAUCAAAAGGUUCUCACAACGCAUAAUUUGACCUUUGAGGAAUUUGCGUCGACUAGGGAAAAUGCCAUACAGCAGACCAAUGUACAAAAUGAACAAACCCAGCCAUCUGCAAAGGAAUCUGAAGCAGCACCUGUGUAUAAUCGCUAUUAUCAUCUUUUCCAGAAGGGUGAGCUCGAGGAAUUAGUGGUGAGGACCAACAAGGCGUCCAUAGUGCAAUCGGGCUACGAUCGCGAUAAUUGGUGGUGCAUCUUAGAGAAAACGACCUCGUAAAUAACAACAAACAAUUAGAUCUGAUUAAAACGUUGUACCACAAUUUGGAC